AUGAGUUCGUCAGUACGUUCUGUGGAAGAAAAAUUGGAGAAACUACGAAGGGAUAUUAGAAGAGGCAAGUGGCCAGAAGUAUUUGAAACGUACAAGCAAGAAAGGGCACUUCGAACGGCCAAGAUAACAGUGAUGGGAGACACUGUGUUACACAUGGCCGUCUCUGAUGAGGAAGAGCAGGUGGUGGCAAAAAUGGUGGACUUGCUAGUUCUUGAAGAGCAAGUUCGUGCCCAGAAUAAUGUGGCGCUUACGGUGGAUGGAGACGGCGAGGGGAGUCAGAACAUGAACAUCAUUCUUGGGGCUAAGAAUGAUAGAAACAACACUCCUCUGCAUUUAGCAGCAACAGUGGGAAAUAUUAAAAUGUGUAAGAAAAUGGUGGAGUAG